AUGGCUGGAAACAGUGAUGAACCGGUCGAAUCGGCUGAGUUGAAUGUCAGGUUUAAUACUGUGUUUCACCAUGGAGGAGAGUUCGUAAAGCUUCAAGAUGGUGAGACGAUUUACAGAGGCGGAGUAUCCACACUUAUUACUGGGGAACACAUUGAAACAUGGACUCAGCAGCACAAUCAAAACAUAAUUAAGAAUGACGGUGAUGCUUAUGAUUUUGCUGCGUAUGCGUGUUCGAUGGAAGCAGACGGGGUUUUGUUUGUUGAACACGAUGCAGUUAGUCAUGGUAACAGUUCUAGGUGUGUGAAUCAUAAUGGUAACUUAGAGGUUAAUGAUGAAGAGCUUGUUGAAGGGUUGAACGACAGUGAGGAUGAAAGGACCACAACUCUUGCUGAUGGUUUUGAAGAGAUUGAUGUGUCUUUACCAGUCAAUGAGGGGCCUGAUAUAGCAGGUUAUUUGACUUUUCCUAGUAAGACUAAAGGUGAUAAUGAUGAGUAUGUUAGUGAAGAUUUAUUGAGCUAUGAUCCUGAUAACUCAGAGGAUGAAAAAGGCCCUGGGUUUGAGCAGUUUAAGAAGGAGGAGCUUAAUAAGGAUUUUAAGUUUAAGUGGGGUAUGGAGUUCAACACCCUAGAUUACUUUAGAGAGGCCAUCCGUGAGUGGAAAGUAUUAAAUGGGAGGGAAAUUACUUUUGUAAAAAAUGAGGGGUAUAAAGUGAGGGUUGAAUGUAAUGCCAAAUGUGGGUUUUUAAUGCUUUGUUCUAAGGUGGGCCAUAAGCACAUUUUUGCCAUCAAGACUAUAAAAUACAACCACACAUGUGCUAGGGUUUUAGACAAUAAAAGUGCAAGUUCAAAGUGGGUGGCUAAGGUUGUGGUUAAAAAUAUGCAAACCUCUGAUAAGGUAAGGAUCCGUGACAUAAUCCAAGACAUGAGGCAAAAUUAUUCUGUUGGCAUAACUGUGUGUAGGGCAUGGAAAGCUAAGUUGAUUGCAAAGAAAAUCAUUGAAGGAGAUGUGGACAAGGAAUAUGCAAACUUGUGGAGGUAUGCACCUGAGUUGCAUAGGGUUAAUCUUGGAAAUACUGUGAAGAUCAACAUAGAUAGGCCUUUAACUUCAAUCCAACCAAGGUUUGGAUCAUUUUAUUUCUGUUUUGAUGGGUGUAAAAAAGGGUUUAUAAAUGGUUGUAGACUUUUCAUUGGGGUAGAUGGUUGCCAUUUGAAAACCAAGUAUGGAGGUCAACUUUUGAUUGCUAUUGGAAGAGACCCAAAUGACCAAUACUUCCCCUUUGCAUUUGGAGUGGUGGAAACAGAAACAAAGGAAUCAUGGAGGUGGUUCAUACAAUUGUUAAUGGAAGAUAUUAGACAAGAUAAAAGAUAUGUGUUUAUUUCAUAUCAACAAAAGCUAGGUCUGGUUGCAGUGUUUGAAGAAAUGUUUGAAACAAUUGAACAUAGGUUAUGCUUGAGGCACUUGUAUGCAAAUUUUAAGAAAAAGUUUGGUGGUGGGGCAUUGAUAAGAGACUUGAUGAUGGGAGCAGCCAAGACAACUUACCAACAAGCAUGGACAUUAAAGAUGAAUGAUUUGAAGGCUGUAGAUCCAAAGGCUUAG